GAACAAUCCCAUCGUGUGAUUUCCUGCCCUGGUCUAUCAAGAUGGGAGAUAACCGGUGAGGGUUUGUGUCGUGAUUGGACCGGGGCAGCCCGGGGUCCCCCCACCCUUUUUCGCAGCCAAAGAUAACACCCGCCUCAUUUCACAGGCACCAACCAGCCACGCCUUCGGAUAAGAUAAAGUCUCGCCGCCGGUAGCUUGCAGCUUUCGCUUCCUGCCAGCUUCUUCUCUGCUCAUCAGUCAACAUGCGCUCUUUCUGGUUUGCUGCCGUCCUGGGGGCUUUGCCGGCCUCCCAGGCUCAAUUCGUGUCGCCCCCCAAGGAUCUAAAUGCCACCAAGGGUUAUCUCGACAUCCCCGUCCGCUACAAGCAGGUUCCCACCGGCAUCUGUGAGACCGACCCCAGUGUCAAGAGUUUCUCCGGCUAUGUCGAUGUCGCGGAGAAUGAGCACAUCUUCUUCUGGUUCUUCGAGGCCCGCAACCAGGAUCCCACCGAGGCCCCCUUGACCGUCUGGAUCAAUGGAGGUCCCGGCUCGUCCUCCAUGAUUGGCCUCUUCCAGGAACACGGCCCCUGCGGCGUGGACUCCAAUGGUACCGUCUACAACAACCCUUACUCCUGGAACAACGUGAGCAACAUGCUCUACAUCGACCAGCCCAUCCAGACGGGUUUCUCCUACAGCAUCCCCGUCCCGGGCUAUGUCGACACCGACACCGACAACGUUAUCGCCCUGCCCUCCCCCGUCUGCCCCGACUAUGCUUCCGACUUCUCCUGUGGCACCUACGCCUACCCCAACGUGAGCCUGACGGCCAACACCACCGACAAUGCGGCCCCCAACUUCUACCGCGCCCUGCAGGGCUUCAUGGGCGCCUUCCCCCAGUACUCCCGGGAAACCUUCCACUUCACCACCGAGAGUUACGGUGGCCACUACGGACCCGUUUUCAACGAAUACAUCGAGGAGCAGAACGCCCAUCUCCAGCCCGGAGCCAAGAAAAUCCAGCUGGGCAGUGUCAUGAUCGGAAAUGGCUGGUAUGAUCCCAUCAUCCAAUACCAGGCCUACUACAACUUCACGGUCUACCCCGGAAACACCUACGACUACCUCCCCUACAACAAAUCCAUCAGCUCCCUCCUCUACAACAACCUCUACGGCCCCGGCAACUGCCUCGACCAGCUAUACGACUGCGCCGCCCGCGGCAUCGACGAAGUCUGCAGCACAGCAGACAGCUUCUGUGCCGACGAAGUCGAAAGCAUCUACGACAACUACAUCGGUCGGGAUGAAUAUGACUUCCGCGAGCUGACCCCCGACCCCUUCCCCUACGAAUUCUACGUCGACUACCUCAACAAACCCUCCGUACAGGCCGCCAUCGGCGCCUACAUCAACUACACGGAAAGCAGCAACGCCGUAGGCCUAGCUUUCUCCUCCACCGGCGACGACGGCCGUCUCAUGAACACGACCGACGACGUCGCCAAACUCCUCAAGCAAAACGUCACCGUGGUCAUGUACGCCGGCGACGCCGACUACAACUGCAACUGGCUGGGCGGCGAAGCCGUCUCCCUCAAAGUCGACGCCCCUCACUUCAGCACCGCCGGAUACACCAACAUCACUACCUCGGAUGGUGUCCCUCACGGUCAGGUCCGCCAAGCCGGUAACUUCGCCUUCGUCCGCGUCUACGAAAGUGGCCACGAAGUGCCCUUCUACCAGCCCCUGCUUGCCUUGGAAAUGUUCGAGCGCGUCAUCACCGGGAAGGAUGUCGCGACGGGGAAGAUCCCUGUCUCGGCUGGUCUGAAGACCGUGGGUCCUCUGAAGAGUACCUACCGUGAGGGUAACGCUACUAUCCAGUGGGAGGUGUUGGAUUCGCUGGCGACGUAUAAUACGACUCUUAACGGACCGAAUCCGACCAGUAAGAAGCAGAAGCGGAUGGGUCCGGCGCUGCGGUUUCAGAUGUAGGAUGUCUUGGUGAUGGUGA